AUGACCGCUCACGUCGAAAACAGGCCCUACCAUGAGGCUUUCAUGCGCGAGGCCAUCAACAUGGCCGAGCUCGCUCUCGCCUCUGAUGAGACUCCUGUUGGCUGUGUCUUCGUCCACGAUGGAAAGAUCAUCGCCAAGGGCAUGAACGGCACCAACAUCACCAUGAAUGGCACUCGCCAUGCCGAGUUCGUCGCCCUGAGCCAGAUCCUCGCUGAACACAAGCCCGAGAUCCUUCAGGAGUGUGACUUGUAUGUCACUGUCGAGCCUUGCAUCAUGUGCGCCUCUGUCCUGCGCCAGUUCCGCAUCCGCGCUGUCUACUUUGGCUGCCUGAACGACCGCUUCGGUGGCUGUGGUGGAGUCAUGCGUAUCUGUGACGAUCCCAGCGUCGACCCUCCCUACAAGAUCUACGGCGGCAUCUUCAGAGCCGAGGCCAUUAUGCUGCUCCGUCGCUUCUACGUUCAGGAGAACGAGAAGGCCCCUGAGCCCAAGCAGAAGAAGAACAGAGAGCUCAAGACCGACAUUCUUCCUCUGGUCAACAUGAAGAACCCCGAGGGUUGA